CGUAGAAAUUCACCUUCUUCUUCAAUAGAUAGUAGCAGCGAUCCAUCGCCCUAUACUGAAUCAUCCUCCUCUCAGGCUGCCAAGGCAGAAUUGAGCACGGAUUUAAGGCUUGGCCUGCCAACAUCUCAAAACACACUUAAUCCAAGAGAACUUUUACCUGAUUGGCCACCAAUAAAGCCAGUUCUUAGAACUGCGCUGGCAGAGAGAGAAGCCUACAGAAGUCAUCCAAAAGAAGGAAAAUUAUUCGUCAAAGUCUACAUGGAAGGGAUCCCAAUUGGACGGAAACUGGAUUUGUUGGCUCAUGAUAGCUAUCAGAGUCUGAUCAAAACACUUCGACGCAUGUUCAGAACCAAAGUCAUCUGCACUGAACUGGCUCAAGUGCCUUCAAGCAAGGCUCAUGUGCUCACCUACGAAGACAAGGAAGGAGAUUGGAUGAUGGUGGGAGAUGUCCCAUGGAAACUUUUCUUAACGACUGUGAAAAAACUAAAGAUUACAAGGGCAGAUAAGUGCUGAGGAUCAAGGAUUUAAUACCUCAAUCCUUCUGUUGAUGAGCGAAGAACAGAAGAUGAAUAUAGAGAAGUCAGAAGGUUCUUUGAUUUUUGUUUCUAUUGUGAGCUAUACUGUGUUGCAGUGCAGAGAGUCAUCCCAGCUCCUUGAUUUUUGUUCUUAUUUGAAAACACAUUUUUUAAUCACUGAGCUAUUCGGUGAAAUUCUAUCCGUAGCUCAUUACAGCCACCAAUCAAGGUAAUUGCUGCAGCCAUUGCAUGUGAUU